AUGUACCGUCCAGAAAGUGGAAUAAACCGGAGCGUAGCUUGUGAUGUACUAGUCAGGGAAGAUGUUAUUGUGGAACCUGGUAAAGAAUGUUUAGUUAAAUGUGUGGCAGACAAGGCAUUUAGAGGUCUGGACUAUAUGGCAGCACCAAACACCUCCCCAGGGGAUGAACCUAUUCGCCCUGCAUGUUGUAUUGUUAGGGUAGAUAUGAAUAGAGAACUAUGGUUCCGAGUCAACAAAAUUAGUGAAACUCUUCGAAAGGGAGAAAAGAUUGCCCAAUUAGACCCAGAGUUUGAAACCACUUUUCCAGGUCAACACAUGAAAACCAAACCAUCUGGUCGAGUUACUGGGUAUAAAGGAGAUGAAGACUUGAUUCUAAAAAAAAACAGGAAGAGGUUGGCAAACUUCUGACAGAAUUUUCUGAUGUGUUUUGGAAACCUGGUGAUCGUCUUCCAUCUGUCCAGGGUUUGUGGAAGCAUUGUAUUAGACUCAAACCAGAUGCAAGACCAGUUUGGUAUGAGACCGAGACGGUUAUCCCCAAAAGAACGAGAAGAAGUGAACAAGGAGAUAACGCAUCUCGUUGAUCAAGGCCUGAUCACAGCAGUCAACGAGCCCCUGGGCUGCACCAAUUGUAAUGGCACGAAGAAAGAAUGA